CAGUGCGUAUUAAACACAAUCGAAAUAAGUACUCAGGUAGCUUUCUUUCAUAGAGAUAUCUAGCGUGUCAAAUCCUUGAUUAUUGCUUACCACGUUUUCUGCUCUUUUGCAGACUGUUUACUGACUUGCAAAAACGUCAAAUGUUCUCUAGCCUCAGUUCUCCAUUCGAAUUCAAUACAAAGUUAGCGAUUUGUUUUUUCAUGAGUUAAAAAUUAUCAACAGGUAAUAACCACGGAUACAGUCGACAGCAUAAAUUGUGUACCUGAUGAUUUGGAGUGUGCAUGGUUUCAGUAACUAAUAUUUGUAGGGUCUCCUUUCCUACACUUGAGAAAUAAGGACAGCGGCAAGAAGGGAAAACACAGCCAAGACUCGACGCUCUAUUCUAUUUAUUUUGGAUGACAGCAGAAAAGGUGUAAAAAGGCCAAAUGCAUAUUCGUCACGUUCGUCAAUUACACGAGACUGCUCCCUAUGGACGCAUCGUAUCUCUAUCGACAUACAUCAUGUUUGUGGUAGUAUUGACAGUACCUAAAUCACAGACAAAGUGGAUCUUGCCACCAGAGCAUUCAUGCCAGAGUAUAACCAGUCCCGAUGGAACCGAGAUACAACUACUGCCAAAACUCAUUGCGGAGCCACCGGUCCCUUAUCCGGGGAUGAACGAUAGAGACCGGCACUUAAUCUGCCGUUUACCAGAUUGCUUUAUGAAUCCAUGUGGGAAUGAAAUAUGCGAAGAAACCAUGAAAUCAUUUAAGUGUCUGUCUGCACCAGGCUACACCGGCAAACACUCCGAACUUGCAUUCGGUGCAAAGAUGUUUAUGACACCAUACACCGGUGUCAAUGGUGAAAGUCCGGGCUUAUUUGUUGCUGAUCUACAAGAAGGGUUACGAUUUUCUUCAAUACCAGCCACACGAGAACCUUCUAACAUUGCUUACGACUCACAGCAAAAGAAGAUUUACUGGACCGACAACGACGUCCAUAAAGUGUUUCGUGCUGACGCCAGUGGUGGUACACAGAGGGAAGAAGUCUCCUACGAAAAUAAUGAUAGGUCGCAUCUCUCGAUUGCCGAGUCACUGAGCCUUUUGUUCAUCGCUUACUUGAAAGGAAAGAAAGUAACAACUACCGACAUUAAACCAGGAAACACAUUCCCACAGACGGAAAGGGAUUUUAAAACUGGAUUAGAGGGCGGGCUUUCGAGUAUGGCUGUUGAUGAAGGAGAGGGAUUCUUAUAUUUGGCAGUAGGAACUAAAAUCCAGCGCACAUUUCUCAAUGGAUCUGGAAAGUUGGAAAAUGUAUUCCGAUUCGCAGGUUUCAAAUAUAUAUCAGGAUUAAGCAUUGAUAUUCGGCGGAGCCCACGACGUCUAUUUGUCUGUGAUUUCUUCAUCAGUCGAACUUUCUACAAGGAUGUUAUGACACCUCUCAGCGAACAUGAAGCGUCAGCAGUCGAACUGAACUUUUUCACAACUCAGUCGAAUAUCAGACAUGUCGCUCAAUUCAACAACAGUCUUUACUGGACCAACAUAAGAUUAGCAGGAGAAAUGGCCGUCAUGUCAGAUUAUGACAAAAGCAGUCGAUCGUUCAGCUAUAAAACCAUAUACCCAACUAUCACACCUCAAAAUAUGAUCAUUGUAAUAAAUCCAUAACAAGGUAGAGAAAUCGUUUAAGGGUGUUCCACAGUUAAAAUGAAGUCCAGGUCAUUUUUACCAAAUUUUGCUGAGUUACUUUAGUAUCUAUGCUUUAUGAAAAUGCAAAAAUGACAUAGCUUCAUGUGAUUAUUUUUCUUCUAUGUGACUUCAAAUUUGCCGCAUUUGAAUGAUAUGACAUGUUGUGCAAUUAAGAGAAUUAUGCCUCAUUUAGACCUCACGAAUUCACCAAAUGAGUUUAAAUCACCUUUACUCUCUCGAUAUCGCUUCACACCUCAUCAAACUUUCAGGAUAUGUAACUAAAUUGAUACCAAGGUAGGAAAAUUGGCAAAAACUAUAUCUGUUUGGAGUCAGCAGCGCCCUCAUUUUACAAGAAAUGUGCGUACACUUAAAAAAGCAAAUCUUCAAAAGACGUGAAUCUACUCGAAAAAAGGCGCGCAUGCUAAGCCGUGGCAGGCUAUGAGGCUGCACUUUAUUAAAAAUCCAUGUCAUUUUCAUCAAAUUAAGCAAAACUUUGGAGGAAUGCAUUGCAAAGGUGUAGGAAAGUUGAAAAUAUGGGGUCCAUAUGCUCUUUUUAAACUAUCAGUGUUGAAAGUGUUGCGAGUUGUAUUGAAACAGCCUAAAAUCCGCCGAAUACGUGCAAAAGUCUAAUACCGUCUGUAAAAUGUCUGAAAUGCGAAUGGUUCCGUAGUUUUGCUACCAAACAUUUAAAAUCCAUGUCAUUUUCCUCAUACUCCUCAGAUUCUAAAGACGUUAAAAUAUUAAAAUAUGGGCUCCAUGUGCUCGUUUUUAAAAUAUAAGUGUCAAAAAUUAAUUUGGCAUGUUUA